CGCCAGAGCAAUGGACGCCCCUUUUGUUCAGAGGAGUUCCUGAAUUCCUCCCACUACAAUGGAAUAAUUGGGUUAUUAUUUUUGUUUUAUAUAUAUUUCAGUAAAUGUACGCCUACCGUAAUAUGUUACGUGAUGAUCUAAUGGAUUAAAAACAAUCAGAUUAUCUUUCAUGUUUUGCGUUAUCUUUCCGGGGACACAUUCUUGAAGAACGUGGAGUAAUGGAAGAUUAGGUGUAUCUGUCCCAGCCGUGGCUGUUGGCACAAUGGGACUGGACUUUGAUGUUAAGACUUACUGUCAUAAUCUAAGGGCCUCAAAGCCUCCGUAUGAAUGUCCGGUGGAGUCUUGCAGAAAGGUUUACAGGAGCUUUAGUGGCAUCGAGUAUCAUCUUUACCAUUAUGAUCAUGAUAACCCUACUCCUACACCAACCAUCCCUCAGAAGAAGAGGAAAGGCCGGCCUCCCCGCAUGCCUCUGCUUGGUUCUGGAGAUCCAGAUGAAAGUGGUGGUAAUGGAGGAGGUCCUGGGCCUGGGGGGAACAGCCCUGGAAGUCCCAGUAGAUCUGAGCCUUCUCACUCCCCAAGCAGAGACACUAUGACCUAUGCUCAAGCUCAGCGCAUGGUGGAAUUAGAAAUUCAGGGACGUGUUCAUCGCAUUAGCAUCUUUGAUAAUAUUGAUGUUGUCUCAGAGGACGAUAGUGAUGCAGAGGAUGCUCCGCCAUCUGGGGCUGGGGGAAGCAGUGGAGGGGUCUGUAAUGGCAGUGAUGGUGGUGCUGGAGGGAGUGAGAUGGGAAGUAGUAGCAAGGAACGCAGUGACAUUCAGUCUUCAAAUGGUGGCAAGGCAACUCCAAAGUCUGGUAAACAUAAAAGUAAAGAAAAGAAACGUGACUCUUCAUCCCACCAUCACAGUGCUCAGUCUGGGCCUGCAGUCAAGCUCCCUGAAGCAGUCUUCCGAGAACUGGACCAAGAUAGACCUGAUGCCCCUCCGCGACCAUGUUCAUACUAUAGGUACAUUGAAAAGUCAGUGGAAGAGCUGGAUGAGGAAGUUGAGUAUGACAUUGAUGAAGAGGAUUACAUUUGGCUCGAUAUCAUGAACGACAAGCGCAGACGAGAUGGUGUGACUCCAAUCCCCCAGGAGGUGUUUGAGUACCUCAUGGAUCGCUUGGAGAAAGAAUCUUACUUUGAAAGCCACAACAAAGCGGACCCCAGUACCUUGAUUGAUGAGGAUGCUGUUUGUUGCAUCUGCAAUGAUGGAGAGUGUCAGAACAGCAAUGUAAUCCUGUUCUGUGACAUGUGUAACUUGGCUGUACACCAGGAGUGCUACGGUGUCCCCUACAUUCCCGAAGGACAGUGGUUGUGUCGACGCUGCCUGCAGUCUCCAAGCAGAGCUGUGGACUGUGCACUGUGUCCUAAUAAAGGAGGAGCCUUUAAACAAACCGAUGAUGCACGCUGGGCUCAUGUAGUGUGUGCCCUCUGGAUCCCUGAGGUCUGCUUUGCAAACACUGUCUUUUUGGAGCCAAUAGACAGCAUUGAGCACAUACCUCCUGCACGAUGGAAACUCACUUGCUAUAUUUGUAAGCAGCGUGGCUCUGGAGCUUGUAUCCAGUGCCACAAAGCAAACUGUUACACAGCUUUCCACGUCACCUGCGCCCAGCAGGCGGGUCUCUAUAUGAAAAUGGAACCUGUCAGAGAAACCGGCGCUAAUGGAACCUCUUUCAGUGUCCGUAAAACUGCCUACUGUGACAUUCACACUCCCCCUGGAUCAGCACGACCUUUGGGAGGAACGGGUGGUGGCAGCAUGGGGUCCUCUCACAGUGAAGGAGAGCUGGAGGAGGAGGAUGAGCCCAGCAUUGGACCAGAUGAGGACUCUAAGGGCUGGAGCUCUGAGAGGGCAAAGAGGGCAAAAGCUAAAUCACGGAUCAAGAUGAAAAGGGCAAGGAAGAUCUUAGCUGAGAGAAGAGCAGCUGCACCAGUGGUUUCUGUGCCCUGUAUACCACCCCACAGGCUCAGCAAAAUUACAAGUAACUUGACGGUACCACGGAAAAGUCAGUUCAUGCAGCGGCUUCACAGUUACUGGACACUGAAGAGACAAAGUCGUAAUGGCGUCCCUCUGCUUCGGAGGCUGCAAACUCACCUGCAAUCACAGCGCCAUGUCGAGCCUUUACCACCACAGCCAACAUCACAGAUUCCCCCAGUAAAUAUACGGGACACAGAAGAGAAACAAGGGGCUUUAAAGGAACAGCUCAAGGCCUGGCAGAGACUGCGACAUGACCUAGAGAGGGCCAGGCUCUUGGUGGAACUCAUUCGCAAAAGAGAGAAACUCAAAAGGGAGACCAUUAAAGUCCAGCAGAUGGCGCUAGAGAUGCAGCUCACGCCAUUUCUUGUCCUUCUGAGGAGCACAUUGGAACAGCUACAAGAAAGAGACACUAAUAACUUUUUUACUGAGCCUGUACCUCUUGCUGAGGUUCCUGACUAUUUGGACCAUAUUGACACUCCAAUGGAUUUUCAGACCAUGUGGAACCUCCUGGAGUCCCAUCGCUACCUUACUUUUGAGGCCUUUGAAGCAGAUUUUGGGCUCAUUGUGAACAACUGCCUCAAGUACAAUGCCAAGGACACAGUGUUUUAUCGUGCAGCUCUAAAGCUCAGAGAGAUGGGAGGCUUUGUCUUAAAAGCUGCUAGACGACAGGCAGAGCGCAUUGGCUUUGACUACGAGACAGGAUUGCACCUGCCGCGAGAUUUAAGUCCAGAGAGUCAGAGGGAGCAGGAAAGAGAUAGGGAGAGAGCCAGGGAGCGAGAGAGAGCAAGAGAUGCAGAGCGACCACUCUCCUCAAAUGAAGAUGAUAUGAUUUUGCCUGAAAACAGACGCCGUUUGCCGCUGGAAGAACAGCUGCAUUAUCUUCAAGCACAACUAGAUGAGGUCAACACUGGGAAGCACAGUAUUGGCCAAUCCCGGCGUGCCAAAGCCCUAAGGAAAGAAAUCAGUGUCAUUAAGAGGAAACUGGCCCAGAGGGAAGCUGGCUCACUUUUGGGAGGUAGAGACUCUUUAGGGGGAGGUGAACGAGGCUCUCUUGCCCAUGUAUCUGGAGGUGGCCACCAUGAUGAAGGUGGAGAGAGCAGUAGUCAGGAGAUCGGAGGGAAAGCUCCAGAGGUGGGUCGGCGGACAUCUGUGCUCUUCUCUAAGAAAAACCCAAGAAUGGCAGGGCCUCCUAAAAGACCAGGUCGACCUCCAAAGAACCGUGAUGCAGGUUACGGUGGGACAGGCGUGAGCCCAAGUUCAAUCGGACCGCCUCAACUGCCUCUGCUCUCACCGUCCAGGCCCAGGAAAAGACCACGCAGCCCCCACAGCAGCUCCAGCUCAGACAGCGACAGUGACAAUGAUGACCUACUUCCUGGGUUGCCCACUAAUGGUUUUGAUGGAGGAAACCAGCCAGUGACUGAGAGCUUUAGAGUGUAUAGGAACGAGCGCUGUCUCCCACGGUCUAGCUCUGACUCGGAGUCCACCACCAGCAGCAGCAGCAGCGCUGCCUCUGACAGAACGAGUACGACCCCUUCAAAGCAGGGUAGAGGAAAAGCAUCCUUCCCCCGCUCUGCUUUUCAGGAGGACAGCAGUGAGGAAACAUCUGGCACUGAAAACGAUUCCUAUUCUGUUGGAGGAUCACGCAGUGUCACACAUUUGGUGCGAGGUCGAGCCAGGUCUUCCUGCUGGAUGACUUCUGAUGAUUAUUCUUCACUAGAAGCUUUGGACCUGGUGUGGGCCAAGUGCAGAGGAUAUCCAUCUUACCCAGCUCUGAUAAUUGACCCAAAGAUGCCGCGAGAGGGUGUUUUCCAUCGAGGUGUCCCAAUCCCUGUUCCUCCGUUGGAUGUGCUCAAACUGGGAGAACAGAUGACCCAGGAGGCCAGGGAACACCUGUUCCUGGUCCUGUUCUUUGACAAUAAAAGAACCUGGCAGUGGCUUCCUCGCUCCAAACUUGUACCACUUGGAGUGGAUCAAGAUCUGGACAAAGAGAAGAUGCUGGAAGGCCGAAAAUCCAACAUUCGCAAGUCUGUGCAAGUGGCGUACCAUCGAGCUAUGCAACAUCGCAGCAAGGUGCAGGGCGACCCUAGCAGUGAGACCAGUGAUAGUGACUGAACACACUUGAGAAAUCCAGUUAUCAUUAUAUAGUGGGUUAAUUUAGUGUGUCAAUAGGAAGGUCCAGCCUAGACCAAAAGGAUCAUGGGAAGUCCUGUUCACUACAAUGCCCCCCAAAAACUCAUUUUAUGAAACACACUAAACUAUUUUAAAUCAGGCAUGUAAAAUAUUGUAAUUAAGAGAAAAAUAAGGUAUUAAUGAUAAAAUAAGUCUGUUGAAAAUCAUGAUUUUGUUUUCUUUUUAGAUGGUGACGUGAAACAAAGACAGGGAUAUAGUGUACUAAUGACUCUCAUACUAAGGUCAAUUGGUACAAAUCCAGAUAUAAACCAGGACAAAACUAUACAUAGAAAAUAAUAAAUACAUAGAAACCAACAUAAAACUAGGGUCAUUGGCACGAUCAGAAAAAACAAAAUUUGAAAUUUACAUUCAAAGCAAAGUAGACAGCCGGUUAAAUUUAAGAUCCAUGCAGUAGAACUCAAAUAAAAUGUGCUAUGUGAAUCAUUGGUCUAUACUAAAACAUAUAAAAACUUCUGCUGGGUAUACAUUUGAGCAGUGAAAUACUUAAUCUGGACAUCAAUAAUUGAAUAAAUUGUUAUAUAUAGCACUCAGCACUUCAAAAAUUUUAAUUCACAGUGUCUAGUCAUGUUGAGCACAAACAAGGACAACUAUGGCCAAUUGCCUACUAUUCAUUAUUUAUUAACUUACAUUUUGUACCAUGGUCCAGAGGCUUCCACAGACUUAAAUCACUCCAGCUGCACAAACCUAGAUGUGUAGUUAAUUUGUGUUUAUCAUGUCUAUUCUUUUUACUGAUGUAUUUAUAAAUGGUUGUUAAUGAGAACUUACUGAAACGCUGGUCUCACUGUUGGCUGUAGGAAUUUUUAUAUAAAAACGUAAUAAAAAAUAGACAUUUAAUAAAAAAGCUGUU